UCUCACUCUCUCCUCCGCCUUGUUCUGCUCACUCUGCUUUCCCUCGCGCCGAUACCACCGCCACCGCCACCGGUCGCGCCGUCGCCCUCGUCCUCUGCAGCCACCAGGCUCUGCCCCUAUCCUCUUUUCCUGCUUCCUCGCGCUUGCCCGUGACCACACUCCGCCGCCAGGCAGAGCUCGCUCCUAUCCACCCAGAGCGCAUCCUGUUCGACGAAAUGCCCAGCUCGCAGCCGUCCCUUGUUUCCCCAGUCGCAUCUGCAGCUGCACACAUGAUGCAUGCGUGCGCCUUGUCUCAGUAGGAAUUGGCAUUGCUACUUUCUCUAGAGAUUCAGUUUUUUCUUCGCAGCUGGGUAAGGAUUCAGUCUGUUAGCAUACAAGCAAGAUGGCAUCCAAGCUAUUCAGCCCAAAAAAUCUGCGCGUCUUCUCCCCGAGGCUGCACAUGCUGAACGAGGCGUUCUGUUACAGCCCGUUUAACCGUAGCAUGCAGAGGAGGUGGAAGAAGCCGGUGGACUCAGCACGAACCCGCCUGGAGAGCAGAACAAGGGACCAUAGGCUGGACAAGCUGAUGAUCCAGCUCAAGAACCUGAGGCUGGCCUUGGAUUUGCACGCCGUGAUAUCCCAGCAGAGGAAUGGCUACGCGUCGCUCCAGCUCCUUCUGAGGUGGAGGCGUGAGAUCGGCCUCAACACCGAGAUCGGCGCUUUCCUCAAGAAAUACCCCCACAUUUUCGAGAUCUACGUGCACCCUGUCAAAAGGAACCAUUGCUGCAGGAUCACCCGAAAGAUGGCUGAUUUGGUCGCCGAAGAAGAUGCUGUCAUCAGGGAAAAUGAGCCCGCCGUGGUUCAGCGGCUCAAGAAACUUCUCAUGAUGUCUACGGACGGAACUCUGAAUAUGCAUGCAUUAUGGCUCGUAAGGAAGGAGCUUGGCCUGCCCGAUGACUACAGGUCUUCUAUGCUGCCAAACCAUCAGUCUGAUUUUUCUCUUGAAACCCCUGAUACUCUGACAUUGAUCACCAGGGAUGAGAAUCUGGCUGUAGCUAAUGUCGAAGAAUGGAGGGACAAGGAGUAUACAGAAAAAUGGUUAGCGGAAUAUGAGACCAAAUAUGCUUUUCCAGUAAACUUCCCUACAGGCUUUAAGAUUGAGAAAGGUUUUAGGGAAAAGCUUAAGAAUUGGCAGAGGCUUCCCUACACCAAACCUUACGAGAAGAAUGAUUUGCAUCCAAUCACCAACUCUGAGAGGCUUGAGAAACGUAUUGUUGGUAUUCUUCAUGAACUCUUAAGCUCGACAGUCGAAAAGAUGGUGCCACUGGAGAGGUUGUCACACUUCAGGAGACCAUUUUCGAUGGAGGUAAACUUGCGGGAACUUCUUCUUAAGCACCCUGGCAUUUUCUACAUCUCGACGAAAGGAAGCACGCAAACUGUGCUUCUUAGGGAGAGUUAUAAUAAAGGAUGUUUGCUUGAGCCAAACCCUGUUUAUAGCGUGCAAAGGAAAAUGUUAGAUCUGAUUUUGGCUGGAUGCCGUGGCAUUGUUCAAACUGAAAAUGCCAUCUCACUUGUUGAGGAGGAUAGCCAGGGAAGCAGUCAUGGGUCACAGAAUCACACAUGCCAGGUGGAUAACAUGAAUUCCAUGUCACAGUUUGAAAGUGACUCCUCUGUAGAGUCAUUUUCUUGAGGAGUCUUUCUGUGACUCAGGUGAAAUAGGAUUUGGUGAAUUAAUGCAGUAAUGGGAGAAUCUGAAGCAUUCAGAAGACAACAAACAAGCUUUUGGCGCUCUCUGAAGUACAAGUAGUCAGGCAGGGGUUCCUAAACUUGAGUUGUCUUACAGCAAGUGCUCAAGUGUUCAUCCACUGCUCUGAAGCAAUGUAACCCG